CAGAGCCCUGGGAUCAGAGACAAUAACAGGCUGCAGCCCAGCCCGCCCUCUGCCCUUUCCUGAGCUCCGUGGGCUGCCUUCUCUGCGGUGCACACGCUUGGUCUCUGGACAGAGGCGGCCAUCAUGAAGCUGGUCCUCCUCCUGUGCCUGAUGCUCCUCAGCCCUCAGGUUACCACGCGCCGCCACCACCCCCGGGAGAUGAAGAAGAAAGGCAGGGAGCCCUCUGGCAGAGCUACAGUGACCUCCAGUCCCAAGGAUUUCACCUUUGACCUCUACAGAAGCUUGGCUUCAGCUGCCCAUGGCCAGAACAUCUUCUUCUCCCCUGUGAGUGUGACCACCAGCCUGGCCAUGCUCUGCCUGGGAGCCCAAGCCCACACAAAGGCACAGAUCCUGGAGAGUCUGGGCGUCUACCUCCAGCAGAGGUCAGAGGACCAGCUCCAUGAGGACUUCAAACAGCUCCUGCAGGAACUCAGCCAACCCAGAGAGGGCUUCCAGCUGACCCUGGGCAACGCCCUCUUCAUGGACCCUGCAAUCGCCGUUCAGGACAGCUUCCUAAGGGCCAUGAAGACACUGUACCUGGCAGACACCUUCCCCGUCAGCUUUGGAGACCCCAUCGCAGCCAUGAAGCAGAUCAACGACUAUGUGGCAAAGCAAACCAAUGGCAAGAUUGUGGACCUGAUCCGCAACCUGGACAGCACCCAUUUCAUGGUGAUUGUGAAUUACAUUUUCUUUAAAGCUAAGUGGGAAACAAGCUUCAACAUCAAGAACACUCAGGAGCAGGACUUCCACGUGACCCCGGAGAGGGCCGUGCGGGUGCCCAUGAUGAACCGCGUCGACGAGUUUGACUACUUCCUGGACCAGACCCUUGCCUGCAGGGUGGUGGGCAUCCCCUACCAAGGCAACGCCACGGCGCUGUUUGUUCUCCCCAACCAGGGCAAGAUGGAGCAGCUGGAGAAUGGGCUGAGCCAGAACACAGUGAAAAAGUGGCUUCGCAUGUUCACAAAGAGGGAACUCCGGCUUUACCUUCCCAGAUUCUCCAUUGAAGGGUCCUACCAGUUGGAGAAAAUUCUGCCCAGGCUGGGUAUCAGUGAUGUCUUCUCCUCCUAUGCAGACCUGUCCGGCAUCACUGACCACCCCAACACCCAGGUGUCAGAGAUGGUGCACAAAGCAAAGGUGGACGUGGAUGAGGCAGGGACCAGGGCGGCUGCAGCCACAGGAGUCAUCUUCACCUUCCGAUCGGCCCAACUGAGUCCACCAAGAAUCGUGUUCAACAGGCCCUUUCUGCUACUCAUAAUGCAGAACCAGAACAUCCUCUUCCUUGGGAAAGUAAACCACCCCUGAGGGGGGCUGCUCCUGAAUUCCACAGGCCUCCCAUUGUGGGCAGAGCUCAUAGGAGAGCCAAAAGUGUGGUAUGGUCAUCUGUCUGCUGGUAGCUACUGAUUCACAUAGGUUUAGUUGCCCAAUGAGGUAUCAUAGGCCACAAUGCUGUCAAUAUACUGAUAAUUGCUUCCUCUGAUAUACAGCAAGGAGACAUGGGUGAUUAGGACAACACUGGUCUUUCCUUUGCCUUUAGCCAGUGAAGAUUAGCCUAGAGAGGCCUAGAGAGGCCAGCUGAUGUGCCCAGGCUCACACUGUACCUUUGUGGCAUGGACAGGCUAGAAUCCAGGGCCACAAAGUUCUGCAGGGGAGUAGGUGUGAGCUACCACAAAGCACCUGUUUAAGUGUGGUCCCACCUAUCAGCCAACAACUCUCAAUUCAUCAUGGUUUGGGAAGAACUCUGGAACGAAGGUCUGGUAUGGGUCUAUAGCCUUGUCCACAUGUGUGACACUGGCAUAACACAGUCCAUCUGUAAACCUGACUUUCCCCACAUACGGAGAAGGAUCAAGACAAGAAUCCCACCCUUGGAAGCAUUAAAGGCUGCUCUAUGGCAGUCACGGUUGGCUCAGUCCACUCACAUGCCACUCAUCCAUUAAGCACAACAGCUGACCAUCAUCUGUGAGUCCAUCAUGUUGGGGUCCAGUGCAGGAUCACGCCGUCCCUAGAAUGCAGCCAUCAUCUCUAUCACCUCACAGGCCAGGCUACAGAGAGAGAACAGAGGUCUUCCGCACACAGUAGGGUGUUGAUGGCAGGCACUGAUGAUUAGCUUUCCGAAUUUUACUUUGUAAUAACAAUAAAGCAUUUGCAAAGACUG